UCUAGAGCGCGCUGCCACCUUGUGCAAAUUGGCGCAAUUUAAACAAAAAUAAAGAAAAAUCACAGUUACAUCCGCGAGAGGCACGCCAAAAGAUAAAUACGAAGAAAUCCGAGUGGCUAGUAAGAUACAGCAACCGCCUACGCACACAUCAGUGAAACUGCAGUGAAGAUAUAGCGAAGCAUCCUAGUGAGCCCCGCAUCGAAAAUUGUAAUUGCAAUCUGCAAUGACGACUCCGCUGCAGACACGAAUGGCGCUGGCCGAAAUUCCGGAUCGACUGGAGGCGCUGCGCAUGGCCAACACCCCGACAAACGCCAAUCGCAGGACUCCGGAUGAGCCGACUCCGGCGGCCAUAAUAAACACUCCGAAUGCCAAUGGAGGAUUGGGUCUGCGGGUGGACAACGACGUGAAUGUGGUGCAGGCCCAGGAUUUCGUCUUCUCGCCACUGCCCUCGCCGGAUGAGCUGGUCAUCCGACAACGAGGUCGCCGGCGCUUCACCACCACCUUUUCGCCGGAUAAAGUCAAUGGAGGUGGUGGCUCAGGAGGGGCUUCCGGUGGCUCCUCCAUGCGAAGUCCUUUCCAACGCACGCCCACCAAAAACCUACAACUGACCAGCGGCAUGAUCCUGCGCAGCUCCCCACGCAAGCGGCUGACAAUGGGCAGUACCCCCCCGGAACCCACGCCCAUGGAGACCUAUUCGCCCAUCAAGAUGGCCACAACCAAGCAACUCUGGCCAGGAACGCCCAUAGUAAAGAAGCUGAAGAUGGACGACCGUCCUGUGGGACAGACGAACACCGAUGCGACUUUACCUUCCCUGCUGCAGGGUCUUUCCCAGGACCAACUAAUCGAAUUAAUCAUGAACAACCUGAAGACUGUCAGCGAUGAGGACGAGAUCAGGAGGCAGCUGCCCACGCCAGAUAUUAGUUCGCUGGAGCAGGAGCUGCACCAUGCCAAGCGGCUCAUCUUCAAGUCCCUGCCUACCUCUCGCUUGUGUAAGAAGACGGAUGCGGCGGCCUACUCCAAGGCGUCAAUGCAUCUCAACGAAUUUAAGCGCGUUCUGCAAUCUCAGGCCAAGCGGCUGCACGACUCGACUCACUGGGACGCCCUGGUGGACUAUGUCACCGUUGCCUGGCAGUGUGUGGCCAGCACCCCCAACUGGGAGAGCCACGCCCACAAUGCUGUGCGGCGGCAAUGCUUCAAACUCUUGGCCUGCUCCUGUUACGCGGCCAUAAAACACGGCGGAAUGCGAUUGGGACAGACGCGACUGGAGACACUAGAACGCAAUUUGCGGGAAUGGUCUAAGGACUACGAGGACGUGUUGUCCUGUGUUAAUGCCUUGCAGCGUACACUUAACAACCGUUCCAGCUUAUAAACACAAUGGAGACUAUAGACUUAAGGGCGACUUGCUGAACUCGAGGUUUAGUGGACCGAAUCUAGAAAAUAAGUCGAAAUUUAGCAUGUAAGCGAACGAUAUUUGGCGCGGCACGUGUUAUAAACUAUUUUUAAUUUUGUUCCUCGAUAUGUUGUCCUAUUUAAAAUGCACGUAAGCAAUUACAGCUUCUUUAUUUAGUGAUCUAAGCCACACGCUAACUAAAGUCGGUUAGCUUUAUAAACUUGUAUUUAUUAACGCUUAAAUAUAUGCUUAGCAAGUAGGUUUGAUUACCA